AAAUAUUAUAAUUCAUAAGUAAUUGUAAUGAUUUAUGUUUCAAACACCCCGGUUUUUUUACUAAGGAACCAGUAAUCUAGUUUUUUUUACCUGUGAACACUACAUCUUCACGGUAAAAGUGGUUACAACAAAUAGUCAUUGCCUCUAAGCUGUGUUCGACCUGAUCUGAACCACAUCAAUCGUUCUGAUUCCUCCAUUGGAACCUUGAAAAACGGCACCAUUCCAACCUGGUGUUUUCUAAAAAAAAUUGCAUACUUUCUCAUUUUAUUAUUUAUUUUUAAAAAAUAUUUUGAAUUUAAAUAAAUUACAAAAUUUCAAAAUUUAAAUGUAUAAAAUAAGUAGCGUCAUUUCAUUCUGUGCUGACAGCUACAUGGACACGGCAGAAAAACAAUACAUCAGCGAUUUACUGAUAUCACCUUUAAUAAAUUUGCCUUUUCAAUAAUAUUGUGUGCGAGAGAUCUCAAUAUUAUUGUAUUGCUCAGCGGUUGAACCAGCAACAGGAAACGUAACCAAGCCAAACAAUAAUUCACUGCGCCCACCAACCCCUUUGUUUAUAUAUCAACAGUGCUUUAUGCCAGGCACUAAUUUAGGUGGUUGUCAAAGGCACUCAAAACAAUUCGGUCAAAAAGGAGAAAAAUUAACCUGCUGUCAAUAACACACGUAUGGGAGUAAGAAGUCAGUCUAAAACGAGAAAUAUCCACAAUUAUAGAUUUGCGAACGUAUUUACAUUGGUAGUCGUCUACAAGACACCAAUUCGUGAGCAACGCUUGGUAGCAGCCCCCUCGCAAAAUAGCUAACAACAAUUACUUCGUAUUUCUGGCAAUCAAGAUGCAUUGAACAAAGAUAAGGCGAAACGUAACAAGAAAAUAUUAACAAGUGAAAUAAAUCAAUAUAGUCAAAAAUAGCACAAUGGCCAACAUCAUUCAGAAUAUGCAGGAUAAAUAGGAAUAAUUAUACAUAAGCCUUAAAUAAGUCAUUGCAUGUCACCUUGGAACUGGAGGAAUCCUUGCACCUCAGCGGCAACUGACAGCGAUGAGUCGCCGCAAACACCAUCGCCCAUACGCAAGCACGCGCAAAAUGGUGUCGCUGGAGCCGUUCAUCAGCGUGUAAAUGGGAGGCAGCAUGAGAGCUGUACCGGCACCGCUGAAAAUAUUUAUCCAAAUCCAAAUUUCAACACCACAAAAAAACAUACUACACCUGUGCUCUUCUCUACAAAUCGUGGCCUACAUUUGCGCGUUGCUAAACGUAAGCCUAAACCGUGGACUAGUACCGAAGCCUCUAUGUGUGGGGGCGCAGCUGGUCCCAAAUGUAACGCACUUAAUAUAAGCGGAUGUAGUUUUGCCAGUGAGUGCGGUAGUGGCACACGAUUACCCACUUCCUGUGCUUACGAAAUACAUUUCUGUGAUUUGGAGCGUUGGAGUACAAACCGCGCUAACACCAUUUCCCUGGAGGAUACUUUUAUAGUGUCAAGGCGCAAUAAUAGUCUGGAUAGUCACAAUGUGUCGUACGUAGAGAGAGAGAGUAAUGGGUUGAAUGGCAAAAACCAGCGCAGCGGCAGCAUUUUUUAUGUGCCUAGCGGAAGUCGUCACGCGCUCGUAAUGCCGCGUAGAAGCCUAUAUCAGCGCAGUACAAGCAUACAAAGCACUUUUGAACGCUUCGGUGUGCAGUGAAGAGGUGUUGGGCAUUGAUAGAAUGCCACUCAACGUUCCCCUGACAAUCGGUUCCACGAUACCGGAACGAUCGGGUUUUAAGUCCGGCCAACGACUGUCAAUAUUUGCAAAAAUUAGAAAUAAUUAUUACAAAUCGAACACAACUUAAUAUAUCUCGUCUUCAUUCAAACAGCAGAUGGGUGCAUUUUUUAAAUCGUACAAUAUCAAAUACGUUUUAACCGAAUUUUCUAUUUAUCUCAUUGAAUUUAGGAAAUAAUCUGUAAAUAUUACUUUAUUAAAUUUUUUAUG